AUGCCGCGUACAAUACACUGGGCUCGAAGAGGGCGUGGGACGAAACAAGUGAAUCCCAGCGAAAGGGGACAGAAACAAGUGGCUACCGGCGAGCGUGGGGAGAAGCGAAAGCUCAGCGAGUCCGAUGAUAGCAACCCUCGUCAUUUGGCGAGACGAUAUGUUCCCGCCAACAAAUCGGAAGAGUCACUAUCCCCAGCCGCCGUGGCUGAUCCUGCCCUUCUCUCUGAUCACUUCGCGAAGUACAUACUAAAGUGGUUCCCAGAGAGCAGUACCAUCGAACUGGAGGACCGAUACCUGCCUACGAAGGCUUUCCUCGACACCACAAGUUAUGACCGAGACCGGGUCGCUGAGAACCUGCCAGACUUUCUCGAGCGAUUUUCAGCUGGCAGCAAAGAGGCUCUUUCUACCUGCGAUGAGGUUGCGACGCCACAUACCCUUGUGUUGACGAUAUCUGGCAUGCGGACAGCAGAUCUCGCGCGACAGUUGCAAGUGUUCAAGUCCGAAGAUUGCAAAGUCGGUAAAUUUAUCGCGAAACACAUGAAACUCGAGAUGAAUGCGGAGUUUCUACGGCAGUACAAAGUCACGAUUGCCAUGGGCACCCCGGGGAGGUUGAAUCAGUUGCUGGAAGCAGGUGCAAUGAAGACGGAGGGGCUACAACGGAUUGUGGUGGAUGGUUCUUAUCGAGACGCGAAAAAUAGCAGUAUCUUCACCAACGGCCAAAUUUUUCGACCCAUGCUCGCCCUGCUCAAUAACGACAGCAUUCGCCAGAGAUAUGGAGCUGAACACCACAAGAUUGAUCUUCUCGUCUUCUGA